GGACCCGAGUGGGUGAAGCUGUGCAUGGUCCCUCCCACGGUGGGAGGGGACGGCUCCGGCAGCCUCUCUAACGCAGGGUGUCACACAGCGGUGCCACCAUUCGGGUCCCGGAGUGUCACAAGCGAAGGACACAGCGAGCAAAGAACAGCCUGCCCAUGUGUGUCCCGCUCGGCACAAACCUGAGGAAUUCCUGAUUUCGCCACCCUCCAUCUGCUUUAUUUCAUCUAGAAGCCCCUGGAAGCUUUUCAAUCAAGGAGAGGAGGAAGAUGAGCUAAAGGCACUCGGAUGGAGACCAGUUCGAGCAGGCUGAAGCUGGGGAAGCUGAGGGUGGUGCGGCGGCGCCUGCUGCAGCGCUACGAGCACCAGCCCUUGGUGUCCUGCCUGGCUGGGCUCUACAGCUGCCGCUGGAGGAGGUACCAGCGCCGCAGGAGCGAGCCCGGGAAGUGCUGCUGCAAGACGAGGGAAUGUGUGUUCUUCCCACUGCUUGUUGGAGCUUUCUGCUUCUCCCUUGUCUUUCUGUACAUGUGGGGGGAAGCAAAAAAUGACUACAAUAACUUUGACUGGUAUAACUAUGGGAACCUGGGCUUCUGGUUCCUCUGGUCUCUUGUCCUCCUGAUUGUGGCUGCCAUCCUCUUCAUGUACAUCACAUUGCUAUUGGUCCUAGCCCUGUGCCUGCUUGCAGAAGGCCAGCAGCUGUACCUGCACUGGAGCCACAAGAUUGGGACUUUUCUUGUUCUUGGCUUCUCUAUCACAGCCCUCCUCAUUUUGUCAGUCCUUUGGGGAGAUCAGUGGAAAACUGUGCGCCUCUCCUUCCAGAUCACAGCUCCCUACCUCCACAUAGGGGCAAUAACCCUGAUGGUCCUCCUGUCCUGGCCCGUGGCUCUUCAUGCUAUCAGAGCAGACAAGAAAGUUGUUCAGGUGAUAAUUGUUGGUCCAUACCUGGCUAUCCUUCUCUUUCUUUUCUUGAUACCCCUGGGGAUGUACUCUCCUUGCAUCAGAGAGAUGGGGACACUGGGACCAAAGCCAGCCCUCAUUGGACACCGUGGAGCACCAAUGCUGGCACCAGAAAACACUGAGAUGUCAUUUCAGAAGACAAUUGAGCAUGGUGGAGAUGGUCUGGAAACAGAUGUCACCAUCAGCUAUGAUGGGAUUCCUUUCCUCAUGCAUGACAGCACCUUGAGGAGGACAACUAACAUCAAAGAAGUCUACCCCAAUGACACUGCUCAGAAUGCUGCUCUGUUCUCUUGGCAUACCCUGCAGGAGCUGAAUGCUGGCACAUGGUUCCUGAAGGACAAGCCAUUUUCAUGCAUGGGCUCCCUCUCAAGGGCAGAGCAGGCCCAGGCAAUGAAUCAAUCCAUUUACAAGCUGAGCAGCUUCUUGCGCCUGGCAGACCGCCAGAACAAGGUGGUGAUCUUCGAUCUCUACCGCCCUCCAGAGAGGCAUCCGUACAGGAACUCCUGGAUCAACAGAACCCUGGAGGUCAUCCUCAACGAGUCAGGGAUCAGACCUCAUCUGGUGCUCUGGCUGGAGAAUGACAUGAGGUCCUUUGUUCAAUCUGUUGCUCCUGGGUUUCAGCAGACAGUGGGCAGUAAGGCCCCAGUUGAAGACUUAUUGAUGGACAACAUUGUGAAGCUCAACCUGGCCUACACUGAGAUGUCCAAUGAAGAUAUCAGGAGGUAUGCUGAGGCAAACAUCACCACCAACCUCUACGUGGUCAAUGAGCCCUGGCUGUUCUCCCUGGCCUGGUGCUCUGGGGCACACUCUGUGACCACUGAUGCUGUCCACACCUUGAGGAAUCUCAGCCAGCCUCUCUUCCUCAUGACCCCACAGCAGUACAACAUCAUGUGGAUCCUGACAGACCUGACCUCUCUGCUCCUCAUCUCACUCAUCUUCGCCCUGCACUGGUGGCGAGAGCAGAGCUUCUCCUGCUGUGCCCAUGACAACGGCCAGAUACUGGAAAGUGGCACCUACAACAAGUUCAGGACAGAGCUCAGCGACAUGCCCACCGUCAUGGCUUGACACGGGCAUGGAGGGGACCUGCCACCUCCACGAGGACUGGAGAAGAGACCCUACCCUGCUGUCCCUUCCUGAGACGCAAACAGCAACCUGCCACGGGAGCCACCUGGCACUGGGGUGGGGAGAGAGGCUCACAUCCACCUGGUGAGGAGGAAGCAUUUGGCACCGGGACCCUGCUGGGCAUCAAGCUCCCUCUGCUACAGCCUUUCUCUCAGCCCCCUGCCUGGCAGGGAAUCCCUCUGGUGCAGGGGAGCACAGACAGAGCUGCAGCCACCAAGAAGCUGUGCACCAAGAUGAGAUGUUGUGACCCACAGGAGCCACCACUUACCUCUGUGACCACCUGGAAUUGGGCCGGGGGGGAGUUCAGAGCCACCUGGUGAGGAGGAAGCCUUUAGCUCCAGGACCCUGCUAGAGCUGAGCACAACCUUCCUCUGCUACAGCCUUUCUCCCAGCCCCCUGCCUGGCAGGGAUCCCUGGGGAGCAGAGGAGCGCAGGUGGAGCAGCAGCCACCAAGCAGCUGUGCACCAAGAUGAGCUGCUGUGACCCACGGGAGCCACCACUUACCUCUGAGCCCACUGGCAUCCCACAGGGCAAUCCUCCUCUGGUCUGCCCCAGCCCAUGCUGUGUGCCAGCCUCCUGUUUCCAGAGCUGCAGCCCUCUGAGCAUCCUGCAGGCCUCCUUGCUCUCCGCUGCCCACAUCCCUCCUGGCAGACCAGACUCUUCUCCAAGCACCCCUUCCUUUUGUGUAGGUGCCCUCCACCCCUGAGGGCACAUUGGCCCCACCACGAUGUCUGCUGGCUACUAAGGGUUGGAAAGCACCCAAGGAGCUCAUCCAGUCCAACCCCCCUGCCAGAGCACGACCACACAAUCCAGCACAGAUCACAGAGGAGCACAUCCAGACAGGCCUUGAAGGUCCUCCAAGGAAGGAGACUCCACAGCCUCUCUGGGCAGCCUGUGCCAGGGCUCUGGGACCCUUACAGGCAAUAAGUUGCCCUUUGUGUGGGGGUGGCACCUCCUGUGCUGCAGCUUCCACCCAUGACCUGGUGCUGCUGGCUGGGUUGCUUGGGUCUGUGGCUUUUUAGAAGGCAGGCAGGGGAAGCUUAGGUUUCUUUUCCCCACUCCUGCUCUGCCACAGAGCCUCACAGAACAAGGCUCUUCCCAUGGGUGCUGAAGGACUCGUUGCUGCCUUGGCUGUGCUAGCUCCUGGCACUAUGACCACUUCUCAGCAGGACUGAGCUGCACAGGAGUUGGUCCCAGCCAGUGUCCUGUUUGCUGUUCCCUUGGGCUCUAGUCUGAUGUUCGUGUCCCUCAGUGGCUGCUGGCACACAGUGUGGGGAAGGGGUGGGAUCCAUGCCCUGCUCUCCAAGGGAGGAGUGAGUCUCCCAGGUUUAAGCCAUACAUUUCUACCUGAGCAGAUAGCCACAGCACAGGUCACUAUGGACUAGAAGUGCUGGUUUCAAUACAUUUUAGCUCUUCUAGG